UCUCACACAAACAAAGAUGAUUAGCAAAUUAGCAAUGCUUAAUAGAAAUCAAGACUUUAAUCUCAUCUCUUGCUUUAUGUAGAGCUAUAAACACAACUCCAUCACCACCCCCACCCCCACCACCAUCACCACUCACCACUCACCACUCACCAUUCACCAUUCACCAACACCAACCCCAACCCAUCCCUGCAAGAAACCAGAAGAUUCCCAUUUCCCAUUUUCACAUUUUCCUCAAACAAACAACAACAUGGAAAAGAACCAAAAAAGUUGACAAACACAAACACCACCACCACCACCCAAAAACACCAUUCUCUCUCUCCUCUUUUCUCUCACUUCCCUUAUCCUUGACAUCACCACCACCACCACCACACAGCCAAAUCCACCUCCCCAAACUUCAAACCCUAACCCUAAUUCCAAAUCAAAAAUCAAUCAAUCAAUAAAUCAAUCCACAUUGUGAGGUGAUUAAAAAAAAUAAACAAAAAGCCCCAAGCUUUGGAUUUGAAUGUGAAAACAAUGAAGCAAAUGUCACACCUUGACAACAUUCCCUCCACACCAGGCAAGUUCAAGAUGGACAAAUCCCCUUACAUCCACCACCACCACCACCGGCUCCUCCGCUGGCAAUGGCAUUCCUCCCUCGCCAAGCUCACUUUCUGGUCCUUCCUUUUUCUCGCCCUAAUCUUCCUCUUCUUCCUCAAAUCCCCUUCUUCUUCUUCCUCUUCAUCUUUCUCCUCGGAUCCUUCUAGAAGAUCUCUCCGUACCUAUUCCUGGGGUGGGCCCGCCUGGGAGAAGCGGGUCCGCUCCUCCGCCCGCGUCCGCUCCCGCAACGGCAUCUCCGUCCUCGUCACCGGCGCCGCCGGUUUCGUCGGCACGCACGUCUCCUCGGCCCUCAAGCGCCGCGGCGACGGUGUUCUCGGCCUCGACAACUUCAACGAUUACUAUGACCCGUCCCUGAAGCGCGCCCGCCAGGCGCUCCUCGACCGGACCGGCGUGUUCGUCGUCGAAGGCGACAUCAACGACUCCGCUCUCCUGAAGAAGCUCUUCGAGGUCGUCGCCUUCACCCACGUCAUGCACCUCGCCGCCCAGGCCGGCGUCAGGUACGCCAUGGAAAAUCCCAGCUCUUAUGUUCAUAGCAAUAUAGCUGGUUUAGUUAAUCUUCUCGAGGUUUGUAAAGAGGUUAAUCCUCAGCCGGCGAUUGUGUGGGCGUCGUCUAGUUCUGUUUAUGGGCUUAACACUAAAGUUCCCUUCUCAGAAAGGGACCGGACGGACCAGCCUGCGAGUCUUUAUGCGGCUACGAAGAAGGCUGGUGAAGAGAUUGCACAUACUUAUAAUCAUAUUUAUGGACUAUCAUUAACCGGAUUGAGAUUUUUCACUGUUUAUGGCCCUUGGGGAAGGCCAGACAUGGCGUAUUUCUUUUUCACAAGGGAUAUUUUGAAAGGGAAGGCGAUUUCAAUCUUCGAAGCGGCAAAUCACGGGACGGUUGCGAGGGAUUUUACCUACAUUGAUGAUAUUGUGAAGGGGUGUUUGGCUGCGCUGGACACUGCGGAGAAGAGUACCGGGAGUGGGGGGAAGAAGAAGGGGCCGGCGCAGUUGAGGGUGUUCAAUUUAGGGAAUACUUCUCCCGUACCGGUUUCGGAUUUGGUCAGCAUUUUGGAGAGGCUGUUGAAGGUGAAGGCGAAGAGGCACAUAAUGAAGUUGCCGAGGAAUGGGGACGUUCAGUUUACUCAUGCUAAUAUUAGUUGGGCUCAAAGGGAGCUUGGAUAUAAGCCCACUACUGAUUUGCAGACUGGUUUGAAGAAGUUUGUGAGGUGGUAUCUCAGUUACUAUUCUGGUGGGAAGAAGGCUCCCCAAUAAAGGGGAAAAAAAAAAGAAAAAAAAAAAAAAGAAGAAAAGAAUUCUUUUUGAGUUGUGUUGUGGUGGUAGGAAUAUGAUCCAUUCCUAUGAAUUCUCGUUUAUUACCAAUUCUUAUGAUUGUUUCUUUCUUUCUUUCUUUCUUUUUAAUAUCUAAACAUCUCUCUGUUAGUAAUGAUGCCAAUAUAAGGAGGACCUUGUUGUGUGUCCUAAACUGAAGAAGGGGUUUUGUGGGUUGAUGACGACGGACAUUGGAAAUUGAGCAUUGGACAUUGUUUGAUGGCCACUUCAUAGCUCAGCUGUGUAUUGAGAAAGGAAAAACAAAAUUGAGGACUAUCUAUCUGUUUUCUUCUUAUUCCUUUGGAAUGUAAUUGUUGUAGCUUUUCUUUUUUUUUUAGAAUUUCACGAGUAAUAGAGCAGAUGCUGCUGAUUGGUGGACAUGUAUCAUUGCCCUGCGAUUCAAUAAAAUAGCACACAGUAGUUUUUUUUUUUUUUUUUGUUCCUUUUCGUUUUUACUAUUAGAUGAAACUGAAUUAAGGAGCUACUGUUGGAUUUUUUUUUUCUGUAAUGGGGCUGAUUUUUAUUUAACAUAAAUGGAAUGGCAUUACUUGUGUUGUUGAAUUA